UGCUUUUAAUAGUCGGACGGAUCUCUUUGCAAAAAGAGGCCGCACGCAAUUUUCUUAUUUUUUCCUCGUAAACACUAUGAUCCCUUCUUUGUUAGAUCCACAGUCUUAAACAUUUUCGGAUCAGUUUAAUGAAUAUGGAGCUUUGAUGUCCAAGGAAAAAAAGACAUAGUAGAAAGAGUAACGGAAGUAACUACAUAAUAUUGAGAUAUUAAUAAAAGGCAUAAUCAUAGUUGAUACGUAAUCAUAGGGAUUGUGAUACUCUUUCCCUUUAUAGAUUAUACGCCAAAAUUUACGAGAAUCUUCCAAACUUACUGCCUUAAAACCUUCCGUUGCAAUAUCAAUAAGUGUAUGUUAUUGGUAAGAAAUCAGUUUAUCGUAUAUGUGAAAUUGUAUAUAAAUACAUGAAGAAUGUGCUUGUUUAAUAAGAAUUACUAUCAGAAAUGGAGAAAAUGGUGUUCAGGAAAGUUAUGCUUCUUGCAUUCUUGUUUUCACUUUCAUGUGCAUUGGAAGGAGAAGCAAGAGUUAACGAAGAAAUGAGAGAUGUAACGAUACAACGAGGAGGUUCUUGUAACAACGACAAUGUUUGUCAUAAUCAUUGUCCAGGAUGUGCUAUCACGCGGUGUAUUUUCAACCAAUGUGUUUGUUCUCGGUGUAAUCCUCCACAACAACAGUUACGCGAUGUAACGAUACGGCGUGGGGGUUCUUGCAACAACGACAAUGUGUGUCAUAAUCAUUGCCCGCGGUGUGCUAUCACACGGUGUAUUUUUAACCAAUGUGUUUGUUCUCAAUGUAACCCUCCACAUCAACAUUUACGUAUUAAAUCUCAUAUGUAAACUUAUUUCUAACAUUUCUUCAAAUCUGAGAUGAAAAGAUGGUAUCAAUAAAACUUUUGAGAAGUUUACUAGAAUGUUACAUAUUUUAGGUAUAUUGACUAGAAUGAUACAAAUCUUUUUUUUAUUACUAGAAUAUUUUCGAUACCAAGCGUACCCUUUUUUUACGUUAUGAGAAAAAACGUAUUUACGAGAAUGCCAUUACUUUUCGCUGCCACGUAGGCAAAAAACCGGCGCCACGGAGGAAUUCGCGUCCGUAUUUUCAUUAAGUCAGCUGUUAAGCGAUAGAUUUGUAGUUACGGCCGAUUUAUCUUUACGUUACGGCUGACUUAAUACAUACGACUGACUUAAGUGAAAGUGGCUGACUUAAAACUAUAAGUCAGCUUGCCAAUACAACUGAUUUACAGAAAUCCGGCUGAGUUAUGUGACCACGGCUGACUUAAUGAUACAAAUGACGGCUGACUUAUACAUUGGCGGUUUGAUUUCUGGAAAAUUUGGCUGAGUCGUGGUUAAGAAACGGCUGAGAAACUUUUUUUCAGCUGAGUAAAGGAACAUGGAUGGGCUGGGUUAUUGAAGCCACGACUGAGUUAUGGGAUGCUGUUACAACUGGGUUUGUAUUAGUCAGCCGUUAAAGCAUGGAUAAAAAGUAAACUCAGCUGCUUUGCGGCUGACGUAUGAGCGAAAGAUUAAUUACUAGAAUGUUCUCGUUUGAUGGCUGAUUUACGUAACGAUACGGCUGACAUAUGGUUGUUCAUCCUUAUUGCGGCUGACUUACUGUCAAAAGAUUAAUUACUAGAAUGUUUCCAUGUAUCGGCUGACAAAGUGUAAAAAUGAUGGCUGACUUAUUUUGGCUGAGUUACUGAUUUGUUUGUCGGCUGAUUAACCGAUGUUCCAUGUCAUCUGCCAUGUCAUCAACUCGGAUUUGACAUGUCAUCACUAACGGUCGCCCAAUUUACAACUGAGUUACGAGACCUUUCAGUUGUCUUCUUCAUCUUAUUUUUGAAUGAUUACACAGCCUUUCUUUUCUUCUUCAUCAUCUCAGUUAUCUAUCCUCUUCAUCUUUCUCAUAUGGUAAUGGAUCCCGUUAUUAUUGUUUCCGGUAAAUGGAUUAUGAAAAAACGAUAUGUAUUCAACGUCGACAGUAGAGGGUGUAGAGUUCUUCAUUUAGGUGAGAAAACUAAACUUGAAGAUUUCAUAAAGUCUGUCAUCGACGAUUACGGUUUGAAUGAUUUGAAGGUUCAUAUUCUGCUUAGCUACAUGUUUUCGAAUAAAACAUUGAAAACAAUGGCGCACAACACUCCACCAGUUUACGUGUCCAACACUCGACAAUUGCAAUGUUUUCUAAGCUUAAAGAAAAGCGAACAACUACGUCUCUGUGUGGAGAUUACAGAGAAAAAGGAUGACAGCUCAGACGUAGAAGCUUCAGAAGAAGAAGCUUCAGAAGAAGAAGCUUCAGAAGAAGAAGCUUCAGAAGAAGACGCUUCAGAAGAAGACGCUUCAGAAGAAGACGCUUCAGAAGAAGAAGCUUUAGAAGAAGAAGCUUUAGAAGUUGAGUCUAUAGAGAAUGGGAGUUACGAUGGUUGCAGUUUGGAGGAUGAACAAGAUGAAAUUGAGAAUGACUGCUUUAGUAACGUUGAAAUACACGACGUAGCCGGAGAAGAUGAAAUAGGCAAAGAAAACGAAGAAGAUGAUGAAUUUGAAAGUCGAUUUGAUAUGUUCGAUGACUCGGACGGUGCGUCAUCUGAAGAUGAUAACUUCAGCACAUACGGUGAGUCUCCUAUCGAAGAAGACGAAGAUUCACCAACGCUACCUUC